AUGGGACAUCUUUUGCAGUCUUUUUCCGAACAUCUUCAGGGCAUCGGUCAAGCAAUCGCUUCAAUCUCAUCCUCAAUCGUGGAUCAUGUCACCCUAAAACGACUACGUGGAAAUGAGGAUUCUGACGAGGAGGAUGAUGACGAUGACCUUGAUUCCCUCGACAUAGAUCCAUUCGAUGCAGUAUUGGAAAGGGUGAAAGUGAAGCAUAUCGGGAAACAUGUGGCAGCGAUUCGCGCGAAGACUCAACCAGGCAACAAGAAGAACAUUCCUGUUGUUGAAGUUGGGGCUCAUAAACUCCAUGGAGAGAACAUUUACUAUGUGGUGAAGUUUGCCGAUGGAAUCAAAUGGAUGCUCAAAGUCCCAGCUGGCGAAACCCCUGAUCAAUUCGGCGAAGACGAUGCCGAAGCCCUUCGCUCAGAAGCAUUGACAAUGAUCAUGUUGCGCCGUGAGACAACUAUCCCGAUCCCCAAGGUCUUUGCAUACGACAAUACAUGGACGAACAAGCUCAAGGUUCCCUUCAUUCUCAUGGAGUUCAUCGACGCUCGGCCUUUGAGUGAUGUUUGGCAUGAUCAGGAAUCUCCGGAAGAAGUUGUACAGGCUCGACGCACGCGCUGUCUGCAGGAUAUCGCUGCCGCGUAUCUCCAGCUUGGAAAAUACACAUUUAAUGAAAAUACACCCUUGAGAUUUGAUGACCAAGACCGCCUUAUCGGCGUUGCACCAGUGAAGGAAGACCCAUUCUCGGGUCUCAAAGAGGCCUACGUUUCUCACCUGGACCGGCGAGAGGGGGGGGAAGAAAACGAUGGGCUUGGCAGGGGACUCCUAAAGCUUCUUCGGAUGUUUGCCGACUGGACUCCAGAGCCAAGUGAUGGAAAAUCAUUCGUCCUACACCAUGCAAACCCCAAUAUCUUCAACUUUCUUGUUUCAGAGGAUGGUUCUGUGCGGGCUAUCCUCGAUUGGCACGGCGCGGGACCCAAGUUGCCGAGUAUAGGCAAUGAGGCGUAUCCACUAUGGCUGAUGCGCGACUGGGAUCCGAGCGUAUACCGUUGGAGUGAAGAGAUGGAACAGGGAAUUAAUGAUGAAGAUUGUUAUUGGGAAGACUCACCGGACAAGCUGGAGUUCUAUCGAAAUGUCUAUGCGCAAUGUAUCGCAAAUCUACGACCUGAAAGCGAGAACGCCAAAAUAACCCGCAAUUCCCCUCUCUUCGUACAUUUGAUGAUGGCAACAAGAGGCUCGAUGUUUAGUUUGGCCACUUCCGUAAAGAUUGUCGAGGAGGUUAUAAAGCGAGUGGAGAAGGAUGCGGAUGAUAACAGCUGGCCUCCUUCAUUCAGCCCGUCCAACGACAAUAACAAGGACGAUGAUGACAGCAAAAACCUCAGUUCUACCAAAGAUCAGGAUGCGGCAGGCGACCACGAUGCACCGAACGAGACCAAAGCCAACGCGGAAGAUGAUGAUAUCGGGGCGGACAUUGAUGGAGAAGACGAAGACGAACCUGUGAUUAUGUAUGAUUUGCUUGAGGGGGUGGAUAGAGAUGGUCUGAGUGAGCAUCAACAGAAGGUUCUAAGGACGGGAUUUGAUGCUUUAUUCAUUAGUUGA